AUGGUGAUGGUACUUCAAGGUUUGCAACAAAUCCAGUUCACAGUAGUGUUCCUCACAAUUCUCACCACAGUUGGGACUAGCAAUGCUAACUGCCUCGACAAAUGUGGUGGCGUAAAAAUCCCAUUCCCUUUCGGGACGGCACCCGACUGCUACCACAGCCGAAGUUUCUCUAUCACCUGCAACACAACAUUCAAACCCCCGAAGCCAUUCCUACAGAACACCUCGAUGGAAAUUACGAAUAUUUCCCUCGACGGCAAGCUCACGGUCCUGAACAACAUCACGCGCCACUGCGAAUUCAACACGUCAGACGAAAGCAACGGUACAUUCUCGUACACGAGCUCUUCGAUAGUGCUCCCCGAGUACAUGACUGUCAGCCACACCCACAACCGAUUAACCAUCGUUGGCUGUGACAUAUCGGGUUACCUCUCGAGCUUUCGGCUCAACCAGAGUUAUCUGAGCGGGUGCGUGACCACUUGCGAUAACAGCAGCAAGCGUGUGGCGUCGGGUUUCUCCUGCCAGACAAAUAUCCCCGAGCAGGCAAGGGACGUUGAGUUGUUUUUGUUGAGCACCGACGAGGACAACAUAAACGCUAACAACAGCUGUGGCUACGCUUAUGUGACGGAGCCAAGCGCAAUCACGGAGAAUAUUACAAAGUUGAGGGACACAGAGAAGCUGCCGAUGGUGGUUGAUUGGGCCAUAGGGAAUGGGACUUGCGAGGAGGAUAAAAAGGAUCUCACCAGCUACGCUUGCAGGAGCAGGAAUUCCGAGUGUUAUAAGCUUGGUAAUGAUACUACUUAUGGGUACCGCUGUAAGUGCAGCAAAGGUUAUGAAGGAAAUCCAUACAAACUAGGUGGCUGUCAAGAUAUAAACGAGUGCCAAAAUAAAAGCAUGUAUUGCGAAAAGGAAUGCGAGAACACAGUAGGGAGCUUUCGCUGUUUGUGUCCCAGUGGUUACCAUGGCGACGGCAAAAAGGAUGGAAAAGGUUGCAUACCCAGUGAAUCGUUUAUUUUCAGAAUUGCCUCAGGCGGGCCAUCAUCCUCAUCGGACGCCAUCAAAAUUUUCAGCGAACACGAGCUGAAAAAGGCGACCGACAACUUCAACAGCAGCAUGAUCAUCGGCAAAGGAGGCUACGGCACCGUCUACAAAGGCAUCUUGCCGGAGAACAGAAUAGUCGCCAUCAAGAAGUCCAAAGUCGAAAUCGACCCAAGCCGAGUCUACCAGUUUGCUAACGAGGUACUCGUCCUCUCCCAAAUUAACCACAGGAAUGUCGUCAAGCUCCUCGGGUGCUGUCUCGAGAGGCAACAGCCUUUGCUAGUGUACGAGUACGUGAACAACGGCACCCUUUUCCAACACAUACACGACAAGGAAAGGGCACGGGCCCUCUCGUGGGACGUGCGCCUUAAAAUCGCGACUGAGACAGCUGGCGUGCUCUCUUACCUCCACUCUUCGGCCUCCACUCCUAUCAUACAUAGAGAUGUCAAAUCGGCAAACAUUCUACUGGACCACACGUUCACGGCAAAAGUGUCCGAUUUCGGGGCCUCAAAAUUGGUCCCGUUAGACCACACGCAAAUGUCCACAAUGGUGCAGGGGACGCUCGGGUAUUUGGACCCUGAGUACAUGCAGACGAAUCAGCUAACCGAGAAAAGUGACGUCUACAGCUUUGGAGUGGUGCUCGUCGAGCUUCUGACGGGGAUGAAGGCUUUGAGCUACGAGAGGCCGGAGGAGGAGAUGAAUCUGGCGAAUUAUUUUCUCUCGGUAAUAAGGCAAAAGCGGUUGUCCCAAAUUGUGGCGGAUGAUGUGGUGGGGGAAGGUAGGAAUAACGAGGAGCAGGUUAUGGAAGUUGCUGAGCUGGCGAGGAGCUGUCUGAACGUGAGAGGGGACGACCGGCCGAGUAUGAAGGAGGUGGCGGCGGAAUUGGAGGAGCUGGGCAGAGUUGGAGGGAAACAUUCAUGGGUUGAACCAAAGGGAGAAGAUGCAGCAGAGUCUUUUCUUCUUGGUGAUGGAUUAAUUGAGAGCAGUUACAGAAGUAGUGUGGGGUUUGAUGAUAGUGUUAAGGAUCAUAUGGUGAUGGGUGGUGGGAGAUGA